GAGGCGCCUGGUGGAGGGAAGAUGAUCACGUUCAAUCGGCCAGAUGAUACCUUCUUCCAUGUUAUAUACGGGCAGGAAGAGCGUACUGUCGAAUCGCAAGAGCCAACUGGUACACAUGAGCAACAAGGCCCCUUUAACACGGCCUUUGAGAAACCACGAAAGGGCAAAUUCCAACGCUACCAUCCCGGGCCAGCCCUCGUCCACAAAAUCGGCCACUUCGGCUACGUCGUCCCCGACUUUGACCGCGAAUUAGCCUGGUACACAGACAACUUCAACUUCGUCCCCUCCGACAUCCUCUACCACUGGGACUUUUCCAACAUUGACGUCCUCACAUUCAUGCAUCUCGAUCUGGGGAAGGAAUAUUCCGACCACCACGUCUUCUUCAUGCAGCGGGCUGAACCACACGUUAAGAAAACCUUUCUCCACCACACCUCGUACGAGGUUACAGACUUUGACACGCAGCUUAUCGGCCACGACUGGCUAGCGAGGCAGGGGUGGAAGAGUAUCUGGGGCGUAGGGAGACACGUGCUUGGAAGCCAGAUAUUUGACUAUUGGGCUGAUCCGAGCGGAUUCAAGAUCGAACAUUAUGCUGAUGGGGAUUUGGUGAAUGAGGAUACGCCUACGGAGAGGGAUUUAGUUGGGCCAUUUUCUGUUUGGGGACCGGAGGUGCCUGGUGAUUUUAAAGAAAAGGGAGCAUGAUGAUGGUUGAUUGACUAGAUGAGAUGAGAAUACAAAUGCAGAUGGUUACUCGACAAGACCAACAAUUCUACCAGAGACAUUCAUCGGACCGUGUUUCGUGUAUCCAACCCCUAGGUCCUUCACAAUCCGGAUAUCUUCCAAUUCAGUGUUAUGCAAGUC